AUGGCCGCCGCAAUUAAAGCCAUCAACGCCAAGAUACGGGCAAACCCGUUUACCAAUUAUGUCUGCUCAACUCAUUUUUGGGGCCCUGUCUCCAAUUUUGGAAUUCCAGUUGCGGCCAUCAUGGACACCCAGAAGGACCCCGAAAUUAUCUCUGGCCGAAUGACGACUGCCCUCGCAAUCUAUUCUGGCGUUUUUAUGCGCUAUGCGCUCGCUGUUACGCCCAAGAACUAUCUCCUUUUUGGCUGCCACUUCAUCAACUGUGCGGCGCAGUGUACUCAGGGCUACCGCUUCAUGGAAUACUGGAACUGGGGUGGCAAAGAGCGACAGCUUCAAUCUCAGGCGCAGAGCGGCCUUGAGACUGCCAAGGAGAAGACCCUCGAUGUAGCAGAGAAGGCUAAAGCAGCCGUGUCGAAGUAG